AUGGAUCCCAGAGCAGGUAUCUGCAAGCCCCGCUGGGUCAGAGAAGCCGCGGGAACGCCCCGGGGCGGCACGCGCGCGGGGACUCCUGGGUCUUGUAGUCCGCGCGCAGGUCUCGAUCUCGGCGGACUGCAGCGGGAGCCGGGGAAGGUGGCGGGGGCCGGCGGGGCGCGGGGCGCGGGGCGCGGGGCCGGCCCUGAGCGGGCCCGACGAGCCGUGCCUCUGCUGCUGCUGCUGUGGCAGCUGCUGGCGCUGACGUGCCGGGGCGCUGCAGUCUACCUCGAGGUCGGCGAGCUGGAGGAGAAAUGCUUCAUCCAGGAGAUUCCCGAGGGCACCGUGGUCAUAGGGAACUACAAGACCGAGCUCUACGACCCGGUGGUGGGGAAGUUCCAGCCCUCGCCGCAGUGGAUUAAUUUGUUCGCGUUCGUGAAGGACCCGGAGAACAGGAACCUUCUGUCCCGGCAGUAUGGCCCUCAGGGUCGCUUCAUGUUCACCUCCAAGUCCCCUGGAGAGCACCAGAUCUGCCUUCAUCUCAAGUCCGUCCGGUUCCCUCUUGUCUACGAUGGCAAGCUGACCAUGCACCUGGACAUGCAGUUGGGGGAGCGCAUCAGCGAUGACGCGGCGUUCCAGGAUAAGGACACGCUUAGCCAGUUGCAUCUGCGCCUGCGGCAGCUGGUGGAGCAGAUGGAGCAGAUCCGGAAGGAGCAGGAGUACCAGAGGUGGCGAGAGGAGCGCUUCCGGCAGACCAGCGAGAGUACCAACCAACGGGUGCUGGGGUGGUCCGUGCUGCAGACCCUCAUCCUCGUGGCCAUCGGCGUCUGGCAGAUGCAGCAUCUCAAGGGGUUUUUUAAAGCCAAGAAGCUGGUCUAGGGGCUCCCGGAGCCGUAGGACAGCGGGGAGCGCGCUUGCCUGGCACGCAGCCGACCCGAGGUUUGA